GGGGUGUAUAAGGUGUCUUUGGAUAGCUUUUGAAGUCUAUUUUCAUAUUUGAGUGGCCACAGUUCGAGAGGAGAGAGCAAUCAUCCAAAAAUCGAUCUGGAACGAGCAGAGGUCUGUGAACUCGAGCUGUGAGAGUGCUGAGACUGUUUGGUCUAUAUCUCGAGUUUUACCAAUCCAAUUAAGACGUGUGAGAUACCAAAAGAAAGCUCUCAAGACGAGGAAUCCGUGAAGGUCUGGUUUGCAUCAAUCGGAGUAGAGGAAGGCUUCCAAAUCGUCCGAACAGAACGCGACCUCGCAGGAACGGAUUUACUCUUCUAAGAAACGAGUUAGCCGGAAAACACCCAUUCUAGGGGCUGUUUUCGUACCAACGUUUAGGGGUUGAGCUAGCACCUUGAAGAGGCUGUUUAACACUCAUAUUUGAGCAAGGAAUCAGUUCCAAAUCCACCUUGACCGAAGCUUUGACCAUUGGACCAAGAAGGGAAAGUUUAAAGCUCAAUUGAGGUUGAGGCUAGAGCUUGCAUCCUGUGCUCGUUGAUCGGGUGAUUCCUCGGAGAGAAGACUUGGUUCGUGCUUCCUCCGUUCUAUUUGAAACAUUAUUAAAUUUGCUCAUGGAUAUUUUACUAUAGAGCCUGCGUGCUCAUGGAUAGCCCUGCGUGGCUCUUUUGUUUUAAAUAAUGUUUUCCGCUGCGUUAUGAAUUACUUAUUAUGUUUGUUUAUGGAUGUAUAUGUGUGAAUGAUAUUCAAGACGCCUUGUAUAAUAUGAAUGUGUUGGACUGCGGUUGACUAUUCAUAUUGUACGGCGGGUUGUUGACGUGUCCGGAUAGGUCUGGGGCGUGACAAAUUAUGUCCCUUUGGUGUGCUACAGGAGUGAUGAGUAUUGUGGUGGAUGGGAUGACAGCUGAUAGAUGGACCUAUUUUGUGGCAGUCACCAUCCACAAUCUAUUCAACUUUGGAGGCUUAAUUAUGUGGAAGUACAUGAAGUCAAUGACGGACAUGAGAGUAUACAAGAAGGAAAUUGAGAUUUGGAUUACAAUGGCGUUGCUCAGUGUUGCCGAGAUGUUGUAUUUGAUGUACCAGACCUCUUGCAUAUCACUUGACUCUCCCCGCGCAUGGUAUGAUGAAUUCGCUAAGUACGACAAGCUGUAUACAGUUGCAAUUGGCAUCGUAACAAUCUAUGAACAAUGGAUUACUAAAUACAUUGAGUUUAGAGCCAAUAAGAGAAUGAGUAGCUCCCACCGUGCGCUCCUAAACACUUUUACUCACCUCGUUCAUCAAUCUCUUGUGGGAGGUCCUGCGGCUGCCGAUGAUCUCAGACACCAAUUCUAUAAAUUCAUUAAGGAUGCUGAAUUGAUUUUGGGGAUUCCGCCGGAGAUGGGCAUGCUGAAGAAGGGGAGUUGGGCCUUAGUGUAGGGGUAGGGGUAGUCCACUGUUAAUCAAUACUUGUAUGGUGUUUCAGUAAGCUUGUGUCUCUGUUGAUUGUCGAUAAUAAAAAAUACUGAUUAAACGAAUGAAGCUUGUGUCUCUGUUCUCUACUCUCUAGGGGUAGGGGUAGUCCUCUGUUAAACAAUACUUGUAUGGUGUUUCAGUAAGCUUGUAUCUCUGGUGUUUCAAUUCGAAUGAAGCUUGUGUUUAAACGAAUGAAGCUUGUGUU